AUGUACUUGCUCAUGACUCUUUCCGCACAACAAGCCCGUGUUUGGCAACCGCCCUUCUCCGCGUUCAAGCCUUUGCUGCGUUGGCGUUGGUUUUCUGGUGGUCACGCUGCAUCUCUUGCCGGGCUUUCCCCUCUCCCCAUCAUCCUUUCACCUGGUAUUCUGAAAUCUCUCAAGGGUCUAUAUGUCCUUACUGCGUUCUCUGGUGCUGGUGCAGACGAGUCGACCUGGGACUCGAGAAAAAGCUUUGAUCGCGUGGUGGAUGCUUGGUAUUGA